UUCAACUCCGACUAGCGAGUUCAGACUUCAGAGAGACAGGUUUCACUCCUGGUUCGCCGAUUGAACGCCGGCGAACGCAUGAAAGAAGAACUUUAGUCCCGUCGCCGGAAGUAGAAGAAGAAGAAGGGGAAUUGAAUUUGGAGGAAGUAAAUCAUGUCGACAGCAACAUACCCACCGCCACCGCCGUUUUACAGGCUGUACAAGGACUACAGCAAUGACCCGAAAUCCGCUCCGGAGCCCCCUCCUCCAAUUGAAGGGACUUAUGUCCUUUACGGCUGCAAUUACACUACUGAUGAUGCGCUUCCAAGUUUGGAGGAUCAGGGUGUUCGCCAGUUAUAUCCAAAAGGGCCAAAUAUCGAUUUCAAGAAGGAGCUGAGAUCACUCAAUAGAGAAUUGCAGCUACAUAUAUUAGAGCUUGCUGAUAUUCUUGUAGAGAGGCCAUCACAGUAUGCUCGGAGAGUGGAAGAAAUAUCUCUCAUCUUUAAGAACUUACAUCACCUUCUCAAUUCAUUACGUCCCCACCAGGCCAGGGCAACCCUUAUCCAUAUCCUAGAACGUCAGAUACAACGGCGUAAACAAGCUGUUGAGGACAUUAAAAGAAGAAGAGAAGAAGCACAAAAACUUCUGAAGGAAGCACUGGGGACUCUAGAGGGGCAGUAAAAUGCAUAGUUUUGAAAAUUAUUAUAUUGGUUUGAACUUUGAAGAAGCAUAUGAUUUGAGCCUGUAAGGUAAGAUGCAAUAGUAUCCUGGUGAUGAUAUUUCAUACUUUGGAAAGGAACGUUGCAGAGCAAAACCAAUAUCAGCUGGAAAAGCAAAUAGGCUAAUAUGUAGCACAGCAGAGGGUCAUUGCCUGUAAAAUGAUAGGAAGUUUAUGAAUGAUGCAACACUGUUGGUUAUAUUCUUACUAGUCACUCCUUUUGAUGUCCAUUAAGUUCUCCUUGUGAUUUCUGGCUAAACAUGAGAUUCAGUAGAGCAAAGAUGUUUUCUCCCGUAAGUACAUCUUUUGGACACAGUCAGUUAUUUUGUUCAGUUUUCAAGUUUGAACUAACUCCGAA